UUCUCUUCAUAUGAGGGUAACCCAUUCUUUGGAAAAUAAUAGGAACAGCACAUCAUCAAAAUGGGUUGCUGUACGAGGCAGUGUUCAAUGAUAACAUUAUGUAUCUUACAGCUGAUCGCUACCACGGAACGACUUGUGUUUGACUUCCUUGGCUUCAUGUGGGUGCCCAUGCUGGUAGGAUUCCUCAAUAUCAUCUUCGUCCUCUUCGGCAUAUUCGGCUCCUAUCAGUACAGACCAAAAUUUAUGAUUGUGUAUUCACUAUGGCAAUUGCUGUGGCUUGGUUGGAAUAUCUUCAUCAUAUGUUUAUAUUUAGAAGCAGGAAUUCUUUCACUUGAGCAACACCAAUAUAUGUUAACAUUUAACACUAGCAGCAGUGAAAGCUGGUGGAUCGAGCACGGUUUCAACUGCUCGGUGACGUACAACAUCACCACGUUGCCUUCAGGUAUCAGUACGUCGGAGAGGAUAGGAGUCACGGGCUGCCUCCUUGACUACAGAUACAUAGAGGUCAUCCAUGCUGCAGUUCAAUGCUUUUUAUGUGUCUUGGGUAUCGCUGGGGCUAUGGUCAUGGUAAAGAAAUUCAACGAAGAAGAAGACAGCUUUGAUUUUAUCGGUGGCUUUGAUUCUUCGUACACUGCCUACAACUCACAUGCACAAAAGCCACCUGCCACAAUGCAAUUGGAACCAAUUUAUGUAGACGCCAGGCACAGGGGGCUCCGUUGACAAACUGAAAAUGUGAGGCACUCGGCCAGAGUGAAUGCACCGAGCGACAGAUAAUGAACAAGAAAUUACAAGAGUGUCAACUUGCUUGCCAAAUUAUUGAAAACAAUUUCAUGAAAAGUCUUAAAAGUUGAGUGUACCUAGUGAGGCUAGGUGGAGAACAGCCAUUGGCUUAAGAAGGUAUAUGCGUUGACAUGUAACGCAAUGAUAUGACUUUCAUGACAAAAGUCGAUGAAUAUUUUUUUGAGGAGAUUUUAUAUUUAAGUAUUGCCGACGUCUGCAGUGGGAACACAUUUCUGUGAAUGUAAACACUAUGGAUUGCUGUUCAGCUGCUCUUUCACCUCACUUGCACAUCCUGUGUAUUCUCCAACCUCUGAGCGUUUCAGAGGAUCAUUGUAACAAAGUACUGCCUACAUGUAUGUAUGCAGUGGGAACACAUUUCUGUGAAUGUAAACAGACUGCAAGGUCAUUUCUUCAGCUCCUUCACCUCACAGGCUUCUGAAGGAAAGACAUCAUACCUUGAGUCUUGAGCACGGCUUUUGAAGGAAUCUUCUGUUUCUGCGUGAAAUGCUUAUAGAAAUUAUGGAAAUGCCCUACCAGAGAAUGGUGGUAAUCUAUGUAAGCCUAUUUUGGUGAUUUGAGAUUUGUUUGGAGUUGAAAAGGAAUAGGGCACUCAUUUACAUACAUGUAAGAGUAAAGUUGAGUUCUGGUCAUGCGAUUGCAUUGUGAAAGAAAUGUUGUGGAAUGGACAAGAAAAGGCUAGCAAAUAAGUAUUGGUGUGCAUUG